AUGCUUUCAAAUUUUGUGAUUCUUUUUGUAUUGAUUCUAAUUGAUGGAGUUUACUCUGAGGUAUGUUCAACUUUGUUUCAAAUUCACAAAAAUUAGAAAAAAGCCAUGAAGUUCAGAAUCGUCUUUCUCAUCCAUCGGAAAAUGUUCGCCUCCAAAUAUUUGUUGUUGGAACUGUUGGUUGUUUUGUCACUUGUUUGAUAAUUAUAAUUGUGAGAUUGAUGAGAAAAUAUUCAAAGAGACAGGAAAAAUAUGCCACUUUUAAUUGA